GCCAUCCUUGCGUCCAACCAUUCUCAUGCUUAGACAAACAAUCCCUGACUCCUCCCAGUAUUAUCUCUUCCCUGCGCACGCCUCGAAACUAACCACCGAUAUACCUUGGAGCCAAGCUCUCGAAGCCCCGGAUUGUUGAAGGGACCAGCUUUUCACAUCCUCCCCUAGACCCAUACACGAGGUUAUAUAUUUGCUCUAUCUUUUUCGCUAGAGGACGAUAGCGCACAGUACAUAAGAGCACGUCUUACCCAGACACCGAGGUAAAUUCCUUGGUCCAUUCGCAAUGGCCAAGAAGAAGAAGACGCAGCUCAAGCCCGUCGCUCGCGGGUUCGCCACGACCUCCCAGCCGAAGAAAGUCGUCCCACUUCCCGAGGAACCAGAGGCCAUUCCAGAAGCCAACGCUGUUGAUACAGAGCCGGCUCCAACUGAUUCUGCCGGGGCCACCACACCAGUCGCGUCCCAGGACCCAGUGGACGACUUUGACCCGGAGAAGGUCGAGGAGCAGUCGUUACAGAACCUUGUAGACAAACUCCAGGAAAAGACAGAGAAGGAUAUAGUUCGCACAGUGAAGGCCAUAGAAAUUGACCGACGUUAUACCAAAACUCUCGCUACCUUGGAACUGGACAGCGAGGUCCUUGACAGCAUUCUGCAACUAUCGGCAGAAUCUGACGGUGCUGAUGACGGUAAACGGUUGUUGGAUGUAUCCGAGGAGAAAGCUGUGGCGAAGCUGGGUAUCACAUACGGUGUUCUGCGACGUUUAGGAUUCUCGGAGGAAAGAGUCGAGGAAUGCCUUCGGUCUAUCAGAGGUAUCGAGCUUGAGGAAGCCUACGACUGGCUCUAUCUGCAUGCACCCGAGGAGGAUCUUGUGCUCGAUAAAGGGUCUAACGAAGGAGAAAGCAAGGCCCUGAAGACGCCACAAACUCCUAACUUUGCCACAAACGCCAGCUCUAGUCGUACAAGUACACCUCGCACACCCAAUCGCCCUCUGCCUUCAUCGCCGCCUCCCAAAGUCCGUUCGAUACUAGAUGCCAAUGCUCCAAUAUUCGUGCCCUUGUCCGGUCCUGUUAUCAAUGACCAGGAAGAAAAUCACGUCGAUAUGAAAGCACGCAUCUUGGCCCGGUUCAACGGCGAUGGAGGCUCCUAUCUCGAUGCCGAUCCUUCAGGCGACAAUCCGAACUCAGAAUACGUUAGGCUCAAGCUCAAGCUUGACAGUCUUUCAGGCUGGCGUCGGGCUGCCUACGAGACGGCGGACGACUCCUUCAUCAAGGACCUUCGUUUGCGUCUUGAGGCAGUCAAGAGGCACUACUUCUUCGACGAGGACGACGCAGAAGCUCAAUAUCGUACCGAACGCCAGAAGUCUGACGCCGCCCAUCUUCAAGCUCGUCUUCGUGCAAAUGAAGCGCCAAUGUUGCCCGUCUCACCACCUCCCGCAAAGCACCGCCCCGCACCCUUACAACCUUCACCGCCGGAGUUGCCCAGCAAACCUUCAUCCGAUGUCUUUGACGCAGACGGAGAGGAUGCAUCGGUCGGACUAUUCGAUAUCUUAGAGCCUUUGCCUACCGAAGAGACCACCAGCACCGGCACAACAGUGACUAUCCGCGAUAUGGCUUUGCCUAAACAUUGGUCUGGCCGCACCCCGAAGACUCUGUUAACGGAGAUUGUUCACAAGACGGACCGAUUUGCUGUCAUCACCUACCGUUGUAUUUCGGGGCCGAGUCGCGCAAAACGUGCAGCUGUUACGAUUCGCUGGGGCGGCGGCAAGAUCGGGGAUUGGGAAAUGAAUGAGUUUGCAUGCCACGACAUGAAUCAAGCCGAGCAAUACAUCGCCACUGUCGCCCUGCAUUCCCUUACCUUCCCAGCGUCUGAAGGGUUUGCCUCGGGGACAAGUUCAGGGAAUGCGCACACGUCCUUCCGGUUACUUCCCUCGACAUUCAGAGAAUUGUGGGACGAACUGGAAGCCGCUCGCAAAUCUGCAGAGGACGCCAUCAAUCGGGGUGUUUGGGCAAAACUCAGAGCUAUCGUCGAGCCGAAGAUGGACCGUGAAGCCAAGGUUCAUGAUAGGCUAGAGAAGCAGGUUGGCGAUACGAAAAACGGAAACAGACUGCGCCAGUUCAGCCCCCCGAAGAUUCCGCCUUCAGAGCAAAUAGCCUCUGCUUUCAGAGAAAGGCAGGAUGCUCCAGCGUACCAGGACAUGCUCGUGCAACGGAAUCGGCUUCCGAUCGCUCACUACCGAGACGAAAUCAUAUCUACGCUAGAUACCUCCCAAAUCAUGGUCCUUAGCGGAGAGACAGGAUGCGGAAAGUCUACGCAGGUCCCAUCGUUCAUCUUGGAAGACCAGCUCUCGCGUGGCAACCACUGCAAGAUCUACUGCACUGAACCUCGACGUAUAUCUGCUAUCUCUCUCGCCCAACGUGUGUCUCGAGAACUUGGCGAUGCACCUGGAGCUUGUGGAACCAUGAACUCUCUGGUAGGCUAUUCAAUACGUCUCGAGAGCAAUACCUCCCGCAACACAAGACUAGCGUUCGUAACGAACGGUAUUGCACUGAGGAUGCUUGAGGGGGGUAGUGGGCAGAAUGGAAUGGGGACUGCUUUCGAUGAGAUCACUCAUAUCAUUAUAGAUGAGGUUCACGAACGGAGCAUCGAGUCCGACUUCUUGUUGAUUGUUCUCAAGUCCCUGCUACAACAACGGGAUGAUUUGAAGAUUAUCCUCAUGUCUGCGACGGUUGAUGCCGAGAAGAUAUCUACAUACUUCGGAGGAUGCCCAAUUCUUUACGUUCCUGGCCGAACAUUUCCCGUCGACACCCGGUUCCUUGAGGAUGCGGUGGAAUUCACUCAAUGGUCAAUAUCUGAGAACUCGCCUUAUGCCAAGCGCCUGCACGAGAAAUUCUAUCGUAACAAAACAAAAAUGGACUGGUCCGAAGAAACGGCUGCGGGCGACGAUGACGACGAGGAAAGCUCUUCCGAGGCCGUCAAGCUCGAGAAGCGUUACUCCCCUAGCACGGCUACAACCAUCAACCUACUCGACGAACGGCUUAUACCAUACGACCUUAUCAUGCGGCUGCUUGAGCGUAUCUGCUUCGAGGAUCCUGCCUACUUCACGUACUCAUCUGCUGUGUUGAUCUUCAUGCCGGGUAUUGCGGAGAUUCGCCGUCUGAACGACCUCCUGAUGGAUCAUCCCGCCUUUAACAACCAAGACUUCAUCAUCUAUCCUCUACACUCAACAAUAUCAAGCGAGAACCAAGGCGCUGUGUUCGAUAUUCCCCCUGAAGGUGUACGGAAAAUCGUCAUCGCUACGAAUAUUGCGGAAACUGGUAUCACUAUCCCUGACAUUACUUGCGUGAUCGACUCUGGUAAACACAGGGAGAUGAGGUUCGACGAGAAGCGACAGUUGUCUCGUCUGGUAGAGACGUACGUGGCAAAGAGUAACGCCGCUCAACGACGUGGUCGUGCUGGUCGUGUACAGAAUGGUCUCGCAUUCCAUCUUUUCACCAAGCUACGCCACGAUACCCUGAUGGCCGACCAUCCUCUUCCUGAGAUGAUGCGGCUCAGUCUCUCAGAUCUGGCCCUUCGGAUCAAGAUUAUGAAGGUGAAGUUAGGGACCUCCAUCGAGGAUGUUCUUCUUCGUGCCCUCGAUCCACCGUCCUCAGUCAACAUUCAAAGAGCUAUAUCAGCACUUGUGGAGGUCCGUGCUCUUACAACCACGGAAGAAAUCACCCCCAUGGGGAGGCUGCUUAGUGCUCUACCGACCGAUGUACACCUGGGCAAAUUCCUUCUGCUGGCAACUCUAUUCCGAUGUCUGGAUCCUGCUCUCACUAUUGCGGCCACCCUCAACUCAAAGUCACCCUUCCUGACUCCGUUCGGUCACGAGGACGAAGCUGACCGCGCAAAGGCUUCAUUCCGAAUUGAGAACUCGGACUUCUUGACUCUUCACAAUGCGUUCUCGAGUUGGCGCCGCGCCUCCGCAAAUCCUGGCUUUGUUCGCAAGUUCUGCCGGAAGAAUUUCCUCAGUCAUCAGAAUCUCCAACAGAUCGAGGAACUUCGUCAACAGUUUCUUGGGUACCUCAUAGAUUCAGGGUUCAUCAACGUGGACCGCGCGUUUGUAAAGGACCUGAGUCGCGCCCGCUACGGUCGAAAUAGGUCGAGGUUGAUCACUGUCCCCGCCGAACUGGAUAGCAAUUCGACAAACUAUUACAUAGUGAAUGCCGCCCUCACCGCCGGGCUUUAUCCCAAGAUACUAGCUAUCGAUCCCUCCAGUGGACAGAUGCGUACAAUCACGAACAAUCAGGCCGCUUCCUUCCACCCGUCUUCCGUCAACUUCAAGAAGAAGCCCUCAGAUUUUGGCAUCAAUUACCUGGCAUACUUCACAUUGAUGCAUUCGAAGAAGUUGUACGCUUGGGAAACUGGGCCGGUCGACGACAUAGCCAUGGUCUUACUCUGUGGCGAGUGUGACUUCAAGCUGAUCUCGGACUCGGCUUUCAUCGACCGGAAGAUCAAGUUCCGCAUACCUCCUAAGACCAACAUCGCGUUGAAGCACCUUCGCAACCAGGUGAAUGCCGUUUUGGCGAGCCAGCUACGCGGAAAGCCCCUCACGGAGAGCCAGAUGUUGUGGAUGCAGUCGGCGAUGGUGGUCAUAGGCAAGCUCAGGCUGGAGGGAGCAGGAGACGGAGAACAGCAGAAUUCGAUCUUGAAUUUGGUGCUUCAUUAGACUACUACACAUAAUUUUUUGGUACACCAUCACUAGUCAUUAGGCC